GCCGCCCGAGUAUUGGCCCAGGUCUUGGUGGCGGGUGCGACUGUGCUGUUCCGGGCAGCCACCCAGGCCUGGGCCCAGGCGCUCGUCAAUGCUCAGAAGUCGGGAGUGGCGAGUGAGGCCGCUCAGGCGGGUGCAACCGCCGCCAAGAAAGCGGGCCAGAUGGCCAUCCAGGAGGCCCACAUGAUCCUGGGGGUGGAUGCGAAUGCGCCGUGGGGAGAGGUGGUCAAGCGCUUCAAGCACCUGUUCGAUGUGAAUGAGAAGCACGGGUCCUUCUACCUGCAGAGCAAGGUGUACCGCGCGAAGGAGUGUAUCGAAGAGGAGUACAAGCGGUUGGGGUUGUACGGCCCAGAGGAAGAACAGCAGCAGCAGCAGCAGCAGCAACAGGACAAUGCACAACAGCAGCAGAAGCAGCAGUAG